UGGCAGAAACGUAAAUUGGAGCACCCAUCGAUAGCUGACAAAUGAAAUGCGAAACCCAAAGUCACGUUUAGACUAGGCACUACUACUUUCUCAAAGAUUCUUCUUCAAUGACUUCAAAGUCUCUCUUCCUUUCCUGAUGAAAUCUCAUCUUUCACCCAUCUCGCGAUCUCUCCUAAGAAACUUGCUUCAAAAUCAAAGCUGAGGUUUAAGGAGAUUUGGAAAUUUAGUUUUUAAUACUUUUGUGCCUAUGGAAACUCCUUGUAAGAAGCAGAGAUUGUUGAAAGACACGGCUUUUUGUCGUUUAGCGAUUCUCUUCGCAGUUACAGCCUCCGUAGUUCUCGUGUUCGUGUCUGUACCCAAAACAGCUUUCAACAAUCCUUUCUCCGACAACGAUAUAGCUAAUUUAGACAAAGAUUCUCAAGCCAAGCUCAACGCUUCCCUGUUAAGUGUAGCCAAAGGCAAUCAAAUGUCACUCAGGCUGCACAGGAGAAACACCUUCCCGCCGAGGAAUCUCGAUCUGUACCCGAAUCUCGCGAAAGACGACCGCGUGGUCAUCGUCUUAUACGUCCACAACCGUCCUCAGUAUCUCCGAGUAACCGUCGAAAGCCUGUCCAGAGUCGUAGGAAUAAACGAGACGCUGCUGAUCGUUAGCCACGACGGUUACUUCGAAGAGAUGAACGAGAUCGUGGAAAGGAUCGAGUUCUGUCGGGUGAAGCAGAUACUCUCUCCUUACUCUCCUCACAUUUUCCGAGAUACUUUCCCCGGGGUGUGGAACGACUGUAAGAAGAGAGGUGAUAAUAAGGUUUGCGAAGGUGAUCCGGAUCAGUACGGGAACCACCGGUCUCCGAAGAUCGUGUCUCUGAAGCAUCACUGGUGGUGGAUGAUGAACACCGUGUGGGAUGGGUUGGAGGAGACCAGAGGUCACGAGGGACACCUCCUUUUCAUCGAGGGAGAUCAUUUUUUAUUUCCUAAUGCUUAUAGGAAUAUACAGACGCUCGCGAGGCUGACACGUGGCGGCGGGAAAUGUCCCGAGUGUUUUGCUGUUAAUUUGGCGCCGUCUGACGUGAAGUCGAGAGGGGAAGGGUUUGAUAGUCUUGUCGCGGAGAGGAUGGGGAACGUGGGUUACUCUUUUAAUAGAAGUGUGUGGGAGAGUAUACACGGGAAGGCGAGAGAGUUUUGUUUCUUCGAUGAUUAUAAUUGGGAUAUAACCAUGUGGGCGACGGUGUUCCCUUCGUUCGGUUCACCGGUUUACACGCUGAGAGGGCCUAGGACGAGCGCGGUUCAUUUUGGGAAAUGCGGGUUGCAUGAAGGUAGUGGAGUAGGGGAAGGUGAUUGUGUCGAUGAUGGGAAGGUGAACAUUGAGGUUAAGGAGACGGAUAGAGGUGUGAACAUAAAGGAAGAAUGGGGAGUUCGGGUGUUUGAACAUCAGCCUGGUUAUAAAGCUGGUUUCAGAGGUUGGGGAGGUUGGGGAGACGAGAGGGACCGGCGUUUGUGUUUGGAUUUUGCCACUAUGUAUCGUUUUACAAGCAGAGAUGCGUCUUCUCCUUGAAUGAAGAAGCUUUUUAAGGACUUCCAAAAGUAAACUUGUAUUCUUAUUGUUAUGUCUUGUUUUGCAUUAUAUUGAGCUUCUGUCGCAUUUCUUACUAAUUGACAAUAGUUUCAAAGUUAAAUGGAAACUUGAGGUGAUUGCUGUUUUGUUUA